AUGAAUAGGGUGUUUCACGAUGACCUGGAUAAGUACGUUAUUGUAUUCAUUAACGACAUCCUGGUCUACUCCAAGAGCGAAGAAGAGCAUACUGAUCACCUUCGCUUUGUGCUACAGCGCUUGAGAGAAAAGCAAUUAUAUGCUAAAUUUAGCAAGUGUGAUUUCUGGUUACAGCAAGUGGCUUUCCUGGGUCAUUUGGUUUCUACGAAGGGUAUUGAAGUUGACCCUGGUAAGGUACAAUCAGUAGUUGACUGGGAGACACCCAAGAAUGUAGCAGAUAUUCAUAGUUUCCUCGGUCUAGCCGGCUAUUAUAGGAGAUUUAUCGAUAUUUUUUCUAAGAUCUCUGCUCCUAUGACUCGACUGACCCAGAAGGGAGUGAAGUUCGAGUGGUCAGAUGACUACAAGAAGAACUUUCAGGAAUUGAAACAAAGACUGAUUUUGGCUCCGAUACUUACCAUUCCAAAUGGUAUCGGAGGGAUGGUAGUUUAUUGUGAUGCUUCAAAGAUGGGCUUCAGCUGUUUUUUAAUGCAGAAUGAAAAAGUGGUAGCCUAUGCUUCUCGUCAACUGAAGGAUUAUAAGAGGAAUUACCCAACUCAUAACUUAGAGUCGAUGGCUGUGGUCUUUGCCCUGAAGAUCUAG